GGAGUUUCCCCGACAGCUGGAGGCUGCGUGGGAUCAGGCGGCGGCUUCCGAGCGCGGCGGUGCGGCCUUCCCCGCCCCCUCCCUCCCUCCUCCCCCGCCCGCUUCCGCCCGGCUUAUUAUCCUCCUUAUUGACAAACAGAGCGGCCGCGGCGGCGACUCUCGGCGUGUGUUGAUAGCCAAGCCAUGGGAGACAAGAAGAGCCCCACCAGGCCGAAGCGGCAGCCGAAGCCGUCCUCGGAUGAGGGUUACUGGGACUGUAGCGUCUGCACCUUCCGGAACAGCGCCGAGGCCUUCAAGUGCAUGAUGUGCGAUGUGCGGAAGGGCACCUCCACCCGGAAACCUCGACCUGUCUCCCAGUUGGUUGCACAGCAGGUUACUCAGCAGUUUGUGCCUCCUACACAGUCAAAGAAAGAGAAAAAAGAUAAAGUAGAAAAAGAAAAAAAUGAAAAGGAAACAACUAGCAAAAAGAAUAGCCAUAAGAAAACCAGACCAAGAUUGAAAAAUGUGGAUCGGAGUAGUGCUCAGCAUUUGGAAGUUACCGUUGGAGAUCUGACAGUCAUUAUUACAGACUUUAAGGAGAAAACAAAGUCACCACCUGCAUCUAGUGCUGCUUCUGCAGAUCAGCACAGUCAAAGCGGCUCUAGCUCUGAUAACACAGAGAGAGGAAUGUCCAGGUCAUCUUCACCCAGAGGAGAAGCCUCAUCAUUGAAUGGAGAAUCUCAUUAAAGUUUAUUUUCUCCAGUUUCUUAGUCACUUCUGUCCUACCAUGCAAAUACACAGAUGAUGCCAAGAGGUACCACAUUUUCAUGACAAAUACAUUCAUGCACAAUCCAUAAUUUGAGUUUUACAUAAAAUAGAAAUUUGUUAGAAUUUGUUAGAUUUUAUUGCAACUAUGCCUACCAAACAUUUCCAGACUUAACAUUUUGGUCUCUGCAGUUAAGUGCCAUGAAAAUGUGGUUGAAUUAUUCAUUAUGCAGUGUUAUUGGUAAGUGUAUUUUCACUUUUAGUUUAGUGAAUUCUAACACAUAAUUCUUGAAUUCUCUACUAUUGGCAUGUAACGAAUUUAAAUUUUUUAUAACAUAGUGCAAGCUGCCUAAAUAUGUAUUAUUUGAAAAUUGUGAAACAGAUAGUUAUAUGUAUACAAGUCAAAGAUCAACUUAACUAUUGCUGCAACAGGUUUUUCUUGAUGGUUAUCCUCUUAAAUACACCUGCUGGUACUUGGUGUGGUUAAAUAGGAAAAUUGUUAUUAAAUAAAGAAUUUGUAUGAACCUUUGCCAAUGUUUUGGACACGUUUUACUAAUUAUUGUUCCUGAAUUAUGUUUCUGGUUUUAUCCAUUUUUUGAGGUUUUUUUGUUUGCUUAUUUUUCAAAACAUUCAUUUAUUGUAAUGUUUACUAGCAGACUAGUAAACAAUAAAGCAUUGAUUAUUUAGCUUUAUAAUUCAGGUUUAGUGCUAUUGUCAUUGAACACUGGUAUUUUCUGUAUCAUAUAAAACAUUAAAAUUCAAAUAAUUAUAAGCAUUUGGCAAAAACGAGAAAAGAAACUUGCCAUAUUUUACAAGCUGCAAUUUUAGAAAAGCUUUAACUUAAUGAUAGUUUUAUCACUGUUUUCUUGUCCCAAACUUAUCCAGGGCCAUAGAUGCAUGAAUCUAAUUAAAACAGAAAUAGGAAUUGUUGCACAGAAAUGGGAAAUAGCUAAUUUUAAAUCAGUCUAAUUGGCCUCUUACUAAAUACAACAAUUCUUAUGAAAAUCAUAGUACCCUAUUUUCAGACACAACUGCCAGUUUACACAUUUCUGAGUAUCCUGAAAGGAAAAAAGUAUAGCCCCACUUAUACUAUGUAAAAUUACCAAUAAAAUAUUUUUAUGACUACAGAUUUUGCAUUUUUGUUUAUGACUAUUAAAGUGUUUUAUUUCGUAUUUAGAAUUUCAACCUGGAAACCACACAGUACUUAAAUUUUCCUGGGGUCUCCUGCUUUCUCUUAACCAUUUGCUUAAUAUAUAUCUACCUAUAGGAGACUUCUGAAUUGUAAAUGGACUUAAAAAUAGAAUGUGGAUACAAAAUAUCACAUAAGACAUCAUGAUAACAUUUGAAGAAAAAAUAAAACUGUAGACCCUAACAGUUGUGAUAUUUGGUGGUUUCGUGUGGUAAUGUAAUUUUCUGUUUACAGUACUUUUUACAGGCACAGUGGUACUGUCUUUUUUGUAAGAUGCUAGUUGUGAAAUACAAUUGCAUACAGUAAAAGUCUGUGAUUAAAACAUUUAUAUACCUCAUUCUUUAGUGUUGUUAAAUGAAAAAUUAAAAUUGUGUUUGUUACAAGAUACGUUCAGUGGAAUACCAACUAACCAGAUAUAUUCCAUUAAAACACGAUAUUUUUGUCUUAUUCUGUUUUUAACAUGUUUCAAAUGUUUUAUAUAUUCAUUUUUGGACAGAGUAAAAAUUUUAAAAUGUAAUAGGGAAAAUAUUUAAUUUUUAAGUCAAAAACUAUACUUUAAAGGCAUUACAUCUUAUGAUCAAAUACUUUCAGAAUGUAUUUUAAAUGAGCUGCAAGAGAGAAAAAUCCGACAGGAGAGGGGAUUUUAUCUGAAUGGAGCAUACUCAUAUUUCUAAAUAGGUGGGUAGAUACUCAUCUUUCUACAUAGGCAGGAACACAGUGUAGCAUGGAGAUUAAGCAUGCUAACUGACACCUGAUGUUUGAAUCCUGUUGUAGAAUGGAAAUGAGCUUAAAUUACCCAAGCUUACUUUCCAUCUAUAAAACAGGGCUAAUGGUAAUCACAUCUAAUUUAUAGGGUUGUUGGGAGGAUUAAGUCAAUCCAUGUAAAAUUCUUAAUUAUCUGACACAUAGUGGUCACUCAGUAAAUGUGAGCUUUUUCUAUUGUUAUAGGUAAAAUCCCAUUACAAAAAUACAAAAAUAUUUUUUGUAACAAUUAUUUUCAUGCCCUCUUGGAUGACAUAAAGUAAUAGUGUUUUAUAGAUUUCACUAAAUUUUCAGUGUAAUAUCAGAUGUUUUCUCUGGACGCAGAAAGACCAUCUUUCCAUAAUUAAAGAACCUGGUGGGUGUGCACUAUGAGAUUGGAGAAAUGAAUUAAGUCAACUAGUUUGAAAGUGUUUUACUUUUAUUAAUCACAGGUAUCUCAACUUGCCUUUGUUUCACCCUACCUCAAAUACUCUUCCACACCAGGAAAACAAACACAAAUUCCAUAAAUAGAACUGAUGUUAAAAUACGCAGAAAGAUUCAGAACCUAAGUUUAGGGUACAUACUUUGCUCUGUUUCAUGAACUUACAAGGUGGUUUGAGCACUGGGUUCCUUUAGCCAAAUUCCAUACAAAAAGAACUUGGAUGUUUUCCAGCAUUUAUUACCUUACUUUGCUAUAAGUAAGUGUGAAGAUAGCCCAGGUGCGAUGGCUCAUGCCAAUAAUCCCAGCACUUUGGGCUGAAGCGGGCAGAUAUUUUGAGCCCAGGGCCAGCCUGGGCAACAUGGUGAAAGCUCAUCUCUAUAAAAUAUAUAUAUAUAUAUAUGUGUGUGUGUGUGUGUGUGUGUGUAUUUAAAAAAGUGAAUAUACUUUGAGGCAGAAGAAUAAUCUUAAAACCUUUUGUAUUAUAGAAUAGAAAUAGUUAAAGGUUUUAUUUUUAUUAAAUGCUUUCUUAAAAUGAUAGUGGAUAAUAGACAAAGCGAAACAUUUUAAAAGGAAGAGAAACUUCAGCCUUUCUAAGUUGAUAGCAUGUUUAUUAACUUUUAAAGAUCCUUAUAGCCUAAAAGAAUGUAGCCUCUGCAUAUUAUAUGCAUUAAUGGUAAAUGGUCUAGAAGUUUUUGUUUCCACUGAGGCUUCCCCCACCUACUUUUUUAAACUUCCUACUAUGGUUUGGAUAUGGUUUGUCCUCACCAAGAUUCAUGCUGAGGCCUGAGUCCCCAGUUUGUUGUGUUGGUAGGUGGUGCCUUUAAGAGAUGAUUAGUCAUUGCGAUGGAUUAAGGGCUUUCUCAUGAGGCUCAGUUAGUUCUGGAAUGGAUUCACUCUUGCAGGAAUGGAUGAAUUCUCACAAGAGUGGGUUGUUAUAAAGUGAGGAUGCUUCUUGUGUUCUGUUCUCUUUGCCCUCCUCAGUUCACCAUCUGCUUUCCACCAUGAGUUGAAGCAGCAUGAGGCCCUCAUCAGAUGGCCUGCCUGAUCUUCGACUCCUUAGCCUUUGCAAUCAUGAGCCAAAAUAAAUCUAUUUUCUUUA